AUGUUAAGAAAGGCUAUUUUGUUAGGAGCAUUUACUACUGGAUGCACAUUCUUUAUGCCCCCGCAACAAAAGAAGGAUCUUCAAGGAUUUACAGCAGGCUUCAUCAAUUCCUUCUCUGCAAUCAAAACAUUAAUCGAAUCUCUUUAUGACUAUCAAGUAGAGUUAACCAAAUUUGAGUACAAUACUGAGGAAUAUCAUCAAUAAAGAUCUAUUAUUCAUCAAAGAGUUGCUGAUAGGAUUUUGAGAUUAAGCAUUGAGAACAAAGGGGUUUAUUUAAAAGCAGGCCAAUAUAUUGGGAAUUUGGAGAGAGUUAUGCCAAGGGAAUUUACAUAAACACUAAGAGUUUUAUAAGAUCAAGGACCUCAGGUGUCUUUUGAAGAUGUCAAAAUUGUGUUAGAAUAUGAAUUGCAGAAACCAAUUUAAGAAAUAUUUACAACAUUUUCUCAUAAAGCCAUUGCAGCUGCUUCAUUAGCUUAAGUUCAUUAGGCAACUUAUAAUGGAAAAGAGGUUGCUGUAAAAGUACAAUUUCCCUAGUUACGAGUUUAAUAUAGGUAUGAUUUAAUGAUAAUACACAAUAUUGCUAAAUUGUGUGAUUUUGUUGUGUCAAAUACUGGUACAAGUGAAUUACAUUUUUCUGAUUUAUUUUCUACAUUUCGAAAGGCUUUGGAGAAAGAACUUGACUUUACUUUGGAGGUUUAAAAUGCUGAAAUAACUAGAACCAAUUUCAAAAAUAAUACUAGAAUUUACAUUCCUCAAUUUUAUGAAUUUUCUUAAAGAGUUAUUAUAAUGGAAUUCAUUGAUGGUGUAAAAAUUAAUGAUGUAAAUAAAUUAAAAAAUCCAAGGGAAUGUGCUAAUAUUUUAAUUGAUAUGUUUGGAUAAAUGAUAUUUAAAUAUGGUCACGUUCAUUGUGAUGCACAUCCAGGGAAUAUAUUGAUCAGAGAACAAAAUGGAAAAUAAUAAUUGGUAUUAUUGGAUCAUGGAUUUUACACAGAUAUUGAUCAAGAGAUGUUAUAAAACUUUAGAUGUUUAUGGAAUAAUAUUGCUAAAUUCAAUUAUAAAGAAGUGGAAAAAUACGCAACGAAAUUGGGCAUCAAAAAGGAACAUAUCGAAUUUUUACCAUUAAUUUUCUUUUAUAGAACCAUAUCAUCAAAAAAGAAGUUGGGGGAUGCUUUCAGUGUUGAGGAGAGACAAUAUUUAAGAAAUAAAGAUCUAGUAACUUUGGAAAAUAUAAAUGCCUUAUUGAGAUCGAUGCCCCCUGAGAUCAUGUUUAUAAUUAGAGCAGCCAAUUUAGUAGGAAUUCAUAAUGCUUUACUUGGAGGUACUACAAGAGACAGACUUUUAAAAUUCACAGAAUAUUCUGUUAAAAAUUCAGAAAAGAGUGUUUGGAAAUAAAAGUUUGAGUGGAUAAAACUAAAGAUAGCUCUAUUUUUAUUUGAAUUUUUUGGUUUAACACAUAAAUGA